CGCUCGCUCUCCCCUCCCCCGGGCGCGCUGCAGGCGGGCGCUCGCCGGGAGGUGCCGCCGCGGCCGGAGCCCCGCGGCCCCCGCGCGGGCGGGAGGAAGGAGGGGGACCGGGAGGAGGGAGCGGGGCCGCGGCCGGGCGGGCGGGGGCCACAGCCCGGACUGCGGCCGGGAGCUGGGCGAGCCGCGGGCGCCGCGAGGAGUCCGGGCGGGGCAGCCGCGGCCCAUGGAGCUCGCCGGCCGGGACCCCGGCCGCCUCGGGCCGCUGCUCUUCCUGCUGCUGAUCGCUGCGUCCUGCACCUGGACAGGAGAGGCAGGUGAGGAGCUGCAGGUGAUUCAGCCUGAGAAGUCAGUGGCAGUGGCAGCAGGAGAGACGGCCACUCUCACCUGCACCGUGACCUCCAUUUACCCCGUGGGGCCUGUCAUGUGGUUCCGGGGGACAGGGCCAGGCCGGGAGUUAAUCUACAGUCACAAAGGAGGCCACUCUCCCCGAGUAACAAGUGUUGCAGACGCCACGAGGAGAAACAACACGGACUUUUCCAUCCGCAUCAGUAACAUCACCCCAGCAGACACUGGUACCUACUACUGUGUGAAGUUCCGCAGAGGAAGCCCUGACACGGAGCUCAGGUCUGGGGCAGGCACUCGGCUCACUGUGAGUGCCCAACCCUCUCCCCCCAUGGUGUCAGCCCCCACGGGGAGGGCCACACCUGGGCAGACAGUGAGCUUCACCUGCGAGUCCCACGGCUUCUCCCCCAGGGACGUCAUCCUGAAAUGGUUCAAAGAUGGGAAUGAGCUCCCAGCCUCCCAGACCACCGUGGACCCAGAGGGAGACAGCCCUUCCUACAGCAUCUCCAGCACAGCCUCGGUGCGGCUGGCCCGGGGGGAUGUCCGCUCCCAGGUCAUCUGCCAGGUGGAACACGUCACCCUGAAGGGGGGCCCUCCUCUUCGUGGGACUGCCAACCUGUCUGAGAUCAUCCGAGUUCCGCCCACCUUGGAGGUUAAACACGCCAUGUCAGAGAACCAGGUGAACGUCACCUGCCAGGUGAAGAACUUCUACCCCCAGAACCUACGGCUGACCUGGUUGAAGAACGGAAAUAUGUCCCGAACAGAAACACCCUUAACUCGAGUAGAGAACAAGGAUGGGACCUUCACCUGGGGGAGCUGGAUGCUGGUGAAUUUAUCUGCUCGCGGGGAGGUCGUGGUGCUCACCUGUCUGGUGCAGCACGAUGGGCAGCCGGCCGUCAGCAGGAACCUCACCCUGGAGGCCCCCGCUAACCCGAAGGACCACAGCACAGAUGGACCCUUUGACAAAAGUUCCAACUUGAAUAAUAUCUUCAUCGUGGUGGGCGUGGUGUGUGCCUUGCUGGUGGCCCUGCUGAUUGCCGCCCUCUACCUCCUGCGGAUCCGACAGAAGAAAGCCAAGGGCUCCACUUCUUCUACAAGGCUGCACGAGCCCGAGAAGAACGCCAGAGAAACAACCCAGAUCCAGGACAACAACGACAUCACAUAUGCAGACCUGAACCUGCCCAAGAGAAAGAAGUCGGCCCCCCGGGUGGCCGAGUCCAACAACCACACGGAGUACGCCAGCAUCCAGGCCGUCCGGCAGCCCACGCCCGAGGACACCCUCACCUACGCGGACCUGGACAUGGUCCACCUCAACCGGGUCCCCAAGCAGCCCGCCCCCAAGCCCGAGCCGUCCCACUCAGAGUAUGCCAGCGUCCAGGUCCAGAGGAAGUGAGCGGGGCCUCGGUCAUCUCUGGCUCGGUGCCCGUGAGCCUGCCCGUCCCAGUGGGGCGGCAGCCCGGUCCCCAGAGGGCUGUGGUGGCACAGGUCUUGGGACCCAAGGGUGAAGCUGGCUCUUGUCUCCCCAACUUGCUUGGCUCUCCGGGGUGGCCACAGCCCCCCACAUUGCCACACACAGAGGCUGACGCUGCCAGACUGGCCGGGGAACGCACCUGGUAAGCGGCCAGAGCAGCCAGGGGUCCCAGCACUCUCACGCUCCUCUCCAUCAACCAUCGGUCUUGGUCAUGGUCUUAGUGAUCCUUGACAGCCUCCUUGAUGCUCUGCAGCCUGAUCUUCCAAGGUGAGGAGGAAAACCCCACCUGUUCCUCCUGCCGCCACCGCCACCACCACCACCAUCCAACGGGGACUUUGGGAAGAGUUCUGUUGCGAUCAAACCGUCCCAUUCAUGGAGAAGCUAGGAAAAAAGGAACCUCUGGGACCACAUCCUGAGACUCAGUGAGGUUGCUGCCAGCCGUCCUGGCCUCCCGUGUCCCUGGACUGACAAGUCACAAGCCCUGGGGAGGAGAGGACCCUCCGAGGAGUCCUCCACCGCCACCAAGGACUGAGUCACAAGACCCUCCUCCUCCUGCCCCCCGAGGCUCCUGGAGGACCCGGCGCCCUGACGGUGACACUCCACCUGGACCUGCCUCUCCUUCCCAAACCUGAGCUUGCUUCCUCCAGCUAGCACUAACUCAGCAACAUCUCGCUGUGGACGCCUGUAAAUUAUUGAUACAUGUGAAACGUGCAAUCUUGAAACUGAGGUGUUAGAAAAUUUGAUCCGUGGUGUUUUGUUUUGUUUUUCUCUUAAAACAACGGCAGCAUUAUCUUGGCUCCUUGUCAUGUGUUAAGUACACGGUUGGGUCUCGUGCCGUCCAAGGUGUCCCCGUCGGUUUCCUGGAGGGAGUUUCCUACAGCAGAAAGUGUCUUUCCUCCGCGUCCCAGAGCCCCGAGGACGGGGACGAAGGCUCCGGUUUGGCUGCUCCGUGGAGAUGCUUAGCCUUCUUUCCAGGACUCAAUUGGCCACGUCGUCAGCUGAGCCAAGGGGCUGGUGCUCCGGCCUUCCUGCCCCGAGCGUGGUAAGUCUGCACCUGCCAGUGCUGCUCCGGGCUGCCGCCGUCACCUUGCGGUCUUGUCGAGACCUGAUGCCUCAGUCCGCUCACCUGAAAAGAGGGGAGAGGAGCGAUGCCUCCCCCCCACCACCAUUCCUCAUACGCACUUUAGGGCCAUGCAGGGUAAGAAGCUACGCCUGGCUUUUCCCCGACUCCGUUAGCGACCUUCCCCCACUCCCACUCUCUGAGCGCAGAAGUGAGUGAUCUUCCAUUUCCACUCUCAAACCCUAUCGGGAUCAAACUGGAAUAAAUCCAAGACAGACAGGUGGCCUGGGCAGCCGCGAAGCCAGGACUGGCCCACCUUUCUGUCCCUCUGUCUCAGGAGGUUGGGCAGAGGCUGUGAUCCAUUGUCCUCUGACCCCCACCUUCCAUUUCGGUGUAGGAGCCCGGCUGGGCCCCGGGCAAGCCAGUGUGGCACGCCGUGUAUUCAGUCUUCACACACAACCGAUCUUAAAGCCGAGAUGCUAAUUGUCGCUGCCCGUCCCCACCCAGGUUCAGAUGCUCAGUGCCCAGGGGGUAGCUGGCUCAGGCCACCAGAGCAGGCGAGAAACUGAGCCGUCCCGCCCGUCAGCAUGACCUGCAGGGGGAACUCGGGACACUCAGCGCAGACCCGGCUCUGCGGAGGAUAGUGAUUCGAUGUUUUGCUUGAUGGCCUCCAGGAAGGAGCCGAGCCAAAGGGCCAUGUGGGCAGCUUUGGCCCGACGAGCUAGAGUUUCUCCGUGACAUCUGGGAGCAGCUUCCCAGCCACCUGGCUCGGGCUGUUUCCAAAUUCCAGAAGGUUGGCUUGUAAACCUUUGCCUCCCUCUCUUCUGCCCAGAGAGAAUGCGUGCACACACACACAGACACACUCACACAGAAUCUUAAAAGAAUGUUUUCUUGGUGCCAUUUUAAUUUAAUUUAAUUGUGAAUUUCGGAAGGGGAGUAAGGGGAUGAGGCCAAGGAAGCCAUGUGGUUGGAGCUCCAGACUGGCAGCCUGGAGAUUCUCAUACCUUGUGUAUCGAACCCCAGGAAAAGGAAGAGGUCGGAACGACAGUGCGGAAGGAGCGUGGUUCUGAGAGUUUAUUUUAAGACUGCUGGGAAGGGAACAGGCCCCAUUUUGUAUAUAGUUGCAACUUAAACUUUUUGGCUUGCAAAAUAUUUUUGUAAUAAAGAUUUCUGGGUAACAAUGA